UCUCUCUCUCUCUCUCUCUCUCUGCAAUGGUUUGCUUUUGUUUUCUGGUGGAUCAGACUCGUCAGGUGCGGCGGAGCAAACCGGCAGCAGGAUUUUGUUCCCGGUGCGGCGGCGGGGCCAGCGUCGCCGACAUGAAGACCGCCACUAGAUUCUGUUCCGUCCCAUUUUAUUGGAGGUCUUGGAGAGCCAUUAUUUGCACUUUCUGUGGAGCUAUUAUCAGAUCAUAUCGCUGAAGCGCCUCUAAUGUGAUUUAGAUUAUUAUCAAAACUUAGCUUAAAGCUUGUCUAAUGUCCGAUUAACAUUUCUUAGCUAUGAUUUCAAUGGUGUUCAUAUUCCUUUUGAUUUUUCUACUGUUUAGACCCAUACCCACGUGGAUUUCCCCCCUUAAAACAGGAGGAAUGAUUCAAAAUUAAUUAAAAAUUUGUGUAAUGGAUGGAUUGAAUACACGAGAAGGAAAUUAAAAGUUGUAAAUUUUGAAUCAAGCUGCAAUUUUAGAGGUAGAUCUCAAUGAAUGUGGUGCUGAAAAUGGAAGAACAGAGAUUGAUAAUUCAAUAUAUGUUCAAAGUUCUGUCGGAUACAAAAAAUUGAAAUGUAAUAAUGGUAAGGGCGACCAGAAAUUAAUGAAAUUUAUAAAGAUUUCAGCUUU